GUCAGUGCACUUUGAAGCCAUUUCGUCCAAGCCAUGCGCUGACGUCGGUCCUCGGGCCAUUCUAUGGAGCGAGUUAGCGACUUCAAGUGGUGGAACACAGACAGCAAUCAUGCAAAGGAGCGGUGGCACUAUGCCCGGCUGAUCACAAACUUGGGAAAGCGGGGACAGCUUCAGUCAGUCCUGACCGCUGUGGCGGAAAUGGAGCAGCGCGGGGUUGAGCUGGAUUCCAGCUGCUACUCAGCUCUGGUGGAGGCUUGCAUCAGCUGCAGAUCUGUGGAUCAUGCCUUCAAAAUCUUCAAAGACAUGCAGAAACGAGGUAUCGACUUGACUGAAGACAGCUGCUACGAGCUGAUCAGCGCCUGUGGCUUCGGGGACCAGUGGCGCCGCUGCGUGGAGGUCUUGAGAUUUCUGCAGCGCAAGGUGGUGCCCAUAGCCAGCGCGUACUGCAGCACCGUGCGCGCCUGUGUACGAUGCAAGCAGUUUCCACUCGUGCUGCAGCUGCUGCUGCAGAUGGAGGCGCACAGCCAGCCCCACUACCAGACGGCGCAGGAGCUGCGGCUGGAGCUGGCGGAAAGCCUUCCCGGCGGCUGGAAGACUUGGGAGAGCUGCCGGGCCCAUGACUACGCCUUCCGGACCUGGGAGCAGCCGGUGAAGCCCUAGGCGCUCUGGGUGGUGCGCGGGAAAUAGCCGGUGCAGCGCGGGGGAAAAGUCGCCUAGGUGAAAGCUCUCCAACGGCCACUUGGCAAACGUCAAGGUGGCCGCCAUAGAUUGACGAAAGGCAUGUCUGGCAAAACGGCCGGCAAAACGGCCGGAGGCCCAAACGCGCUCUCUAGUGGCUUGUGCCUGCACGAGCAUAGCGCCGCUUUGAGAGU